AUGUUCCCCGUCACCGCUAUUGCGCCGCUUUUUUUUUUGUUUGCCCCACUUGCAUGGCUGAAGACCUUCUUCCAGACAAUUAUCCCGGAGAGAUACGGGGCGGAGGGGAGGGCUGACCGCUUGCACGCGUGGGCAGAGGCGGUUUCGGCGUUCAUUGCUGCGAAAGGGAGCAUAGGGUGGGGCACCAGGACCGGAGGCGUUGUCAUCGCAGGGAAGGGGCAAACAAUCUGCGGAGUCCCAUUCGAGGGCAACACCCUGCGGAGCAGAGAAAAGUUCCCCGACGCCGACUUCACGGCGACUCCGGCGAUGGUGGCGGUUGUGGUGGACGGCAAGAAGAAGAACUGCAAGGACGAACUCGAGCAGGCGGCAAAAGGGGGAUGGCAUCAGGGGCAGCUCUUCUACUACAGCGGAGGGGAGAUGGAAUCACGCUGGGAGUUGACGAGCUCAUGGAGCUACACGUGCAUCGGGCUCUCUCUCAUCGAGACCUUCUACCACGACGAGCAGCAGCUACAAGCGCCCGUCGUACCCGGCCGUCACAACAAAGACGAGGCCAGACUACCGCACACCAUGGCGGCGGCGGAAUUGGCGCCGCUUCGGGCCGCGUGGGACGACGGAGCCGGCGCGUUGUGCGCGGAGAAGUACUCGAGCGAGGCCACUCGACGCGGGUCGCUGCAGGCCGUGUCUACCUCCAGCACCACCGCUCAGGACCAAAAGUACUUCGACGAGUGGGCGAGGCGGGAGCGUCUGGAGGAUUCCGCGGGGCGAUACUGUCGCCCCCACAGGCCCCCCCGGUGGGGAGAGCCCGGCUGGACGUGGGCGGACCACUCGGAGAGGGUGCUGCGGGAGCGGGCGGAGGCGACGAGGAAGGAGGAGGAGAACAAGGCCAGACGGCAGGAGGCUGCUGACGGACACGCGAAGAUGUUCUACGAGGCAGCGGUGGAAGCAGCGAAAAAGAACGGAGUCUCGCCGGGCACGGCAAAAAUUCUGGCGGCGGAGGCCGUCGAGAAGGCCCUCGAGGGUACUAACGGCCAGCCGCUGACGCUGGUUCAGGGAAAGGAGGCGGCCAUGGCUGCGGGGAGGGUGGCAAUUUCCCUGCUGAAAGCUAGAGGCGGGAGGAAUAAGCAGCAGGGCAACGAGCCCCCUGUUCCGGAACCUCCGCCGGUGCCGCCGCCGCCGCCGCCGCAUACCGGUGCAGUCGAGCAGAAAGCGCCUGCCGGACCGGCGCCAAAGGCAGAGGUGGCGGGGGUGGGGAGAGAGGUGGAGAUAGUCGAGCUCACGCAGCGGCGGGGGCGGCGGCGGCGGCGGCAGCUGCUGUCGGUGGCGGCGGCGUCUACGCCGAUUGCAGCCGACGGCAAGCCCGCUGGCGGCGCCAGCGGAAUUAGGCAGGCGUCAACGGCGGCGGGGCAGGAUCAGCAGCGAGGCGACCUUGUCGCCAAGACCGGCAGCAGCAAUGCGGCUGGCAGCCUGCUGUCGGGCGGGGGAGGCGACGCAGCUGGUAAUCUGUCAGGAGGGGGAGACGCAGCUGGUAGUAUUUCCGGCGGGGGAGGCGCACCAAGAAGAAGGGCGCUCCUGGGCUCGGCGAAUGACAUCGAGAGGAUCGGCGCCACGACCAAGGGCGGUAGCGUUGCGUACAAACGGAAGACCCCCUCCAAGAAAUCCGGGCCGGGGGGCGGCGGAGCGGCGGCAGUCGACGACGGGAAGGGGCUAGCCGACUCAGAGAAGGGCAAGGCCGCGGCAGAAGGCGACGGUGCCAAGGGGGAAGAGAAGGAGAAGGGUACAGUAGAAGGCGGCGACGAUGCCAAGCGGGGGGGGCGCAUAAACCCUGAGGAUCCGACCCCCCCGCCACGGUGCCCCUCCAGGCUGGUGGAACUCCUUGAGGAAGCUCUGCGCGUGGAGGCAAAGAGGCCGGCGUCGUUGAGCCGUCGGAUACCGCCCGCAGCUGCUGGUGGCCCCGCUCCCGCCGCUAAAGAAGGCGCUCCCGUAGCGGUAGCGUCUACGGCCACGGCUACCGCUUCUGCUUCCGGAUACGCUGCUGUUGGUGGCAGCACGGCAGGUAAUCGCCAGCGGCGGCGGCGGCGGCGGCGGCGGCGGCGGCGGCUGCUGUGGCUGCGGCAAUCCGCUGCCCCCUCGGAGGAGGAGAAGUCCGGCCAUGACUCGAACUGGUCGCCGGCGGUGGCGGUGGCGCUGCUCCAGGACGGGGCCGCCGCGGCCGAAGACCGCGCAAGGUCGAGAGCCGAGAGGGGAGACGGCAAGGGCAACGGCCUCGGACGGGAGCUCUGGGAGCCGAGCCUCGGCGGAGGCGUUCUUCCUAGCUGGCUGAGCGGGAUCGCGGCGGACUGGGGGAGAGAAAUUGCGGCGAAGCAGCAGACAGCGGCGGCGGCGGCGGCGGCGGCGGCGGCGGCGGCGGCGGCGGCGCCCGCUGCCCCGGCUGCGGCUGCCGUAGCUAUGUUGCCGCGAAGCGUCGUAGCGCAGCAGGCCCUCGGGUCUGGGUUUCAAGCCAUCGCGGCCUACAGGGCUCACGAGGUGACGGGAUGGAAGGGGGGUGGGGUUAGCGGCAGUGUACAAAACAAGGCGGAAGGAGGGUCGGCGGGUAGUGGGGUCGGUUCGACCACGGAACCACCGGUUGGGGGGGAUGAAAAACCGUUGCUGCCGGUGCGGUUUACCGGGUUCACGUGGGACGGUAGUACCGUGGUCGCCAAGGAGACGGCCCCCGGGUGCGCGAGGACGGCAAAGCCCCCGCCCACGAAGCUCUCGACUCCCCGCCAGAGGUUGUUCGAACCAUCCGAGUGGGGGGAAGAUGACGACCGGAGCCUUCCGCCCUCGAGUGAAGGUGGCGGCCGCGGCCGCGGCGGCGUCGCUGGGUCCUUGGAUGGCGGUGACGCGGCGACGCAAGCGCGACGGGGGAUGGCGGAGAGUGGGGAUGUUGGUGGUGGUAUGGAGGGGAGGUUGAGGCAGCAGCCGUGCCUCAAGGUCGAGGCGGCGUUCGUGCCGACCAGGGACAUCGUGGUGGAUAUCGUCGUGCCUGUGGAGACCGUGUUCGUGCUGUCGAGUUCUCCGUUCUCGAAGGCUCUGGCCAUCCAAGACGCCUCCACCGCCAUCCCCGACGACCACAUCAUGUUCGUGCAUGACGCAGACCUCUUCCCCCCCUGCACCCUGCCGGACGCCCUGAGGCAGACGGUCGUGCAGGGGGUGCAGGCGGUGAACCUACUGCUUGCCUACGAGAACCAUCCGGUCCCAGGAAAUUGCAUUUACCCUCUCAGCACUUUCGGGCCGAUGGCCAUGUACGCCUCCGAUUUCCGCGCGGUGGGCGGCAUCGCCGACGCGAACAGCGGCCGCUGGGGCUACGAAGAUACCGCGUUUUUGCACAAGGAGGUGGUGGACCAUAUAGUGAGGGGAUAA